AUGGGACAAAAGGUCAUUGCAACAGCUCGGAACAUCGAACGGAUCCGUGACAUAGAGCAAGCAGGGGCGGCUGUAAUGACAGUGGAUGUCACCUGGUCCCCGGAAAAGCUGAAAGAAGCGACUGAAAAUGCGAUCAAGAUCUAUGCUAUGUAUGUCAAGGUGCGAUCGAAGAGAUCAUUCCUCCCCCACUUUCGUGACCGUCGCUCUGGUAGCGUUGUGAUCAUAUCGUCUGUUUCAUCAAGGCAAAGCUACCCGGGAGCUGCCAUGUAUAGCGUUACAAAAGCAGCAGUGUCGAAAAUAGGAGAGGAACUGAAGGAUGAGGUUGAACCUUUGGGGAUCAAGGUGCUUACGAUCGACCUAGGACAUGCCCGGACUCCGGUACUUAAAACCAACCUCAAGAGGGCCGCCCAGGUUAUUCCGGAUUACACGCCUGUCAAUGAAUGGUUUGACGACUUCAGGGGGAGAACAACAGGGAAUGAGCCCAAUGAUCCCAAGCUGGGGGUCCUGCGAAUAAUCGAAGCAAUCACUCAAAGCGGUAUGGCUGCCGAUAGAAAAGUGCCAGCACGUAUCAUUUUGGGGGCGUGA